AUGUCAAGUGUUAUUUCAGACAGUAAUCAUGAUAGUCAAGUUCCUGAAACUGAUAGAGCUGAUAGCUCUGAAGAUUCUUCUAUUGGUAGACCCGAAGAUCCUGUAAAUGCUGAGUAUAUUAAACUUGGUACACGAGAUAAGCAUGGACAUGUAGCAAUAAAGUGUAAAUAUUGUGAAGAAGUUACACAGCGAGGACGACCUAGUGAAAUGAAAUCACAUUUAGUAUUAGAAUGUAAAGAUCCAAAAAUUACUGACAAAUUUCAAUCAACUCAUUUAGAUCAAAAUCAAGAAAAGCUUAUUAACAAAGUUUUAAUUCAUUUUUUUACUUGUUGUGGAAUUCCUUUUUGGGUAGUUGAAAACCCUUUUUUUAUUGAUUUACUUAAAAACCUUAAUGCGGGUUACACACCUCCUAGUCGAAAAAUUUUAAGCAAUCUUUGGCUUGAUCAAGAAACUGCACAUAUUACAGUAAAUAUUGAUGAACAGCUUAAUCGGCUUAAAAAUUUAACUUUAGUUCUUGACGGGUGGACGAGUGGAUCGCAUCAUUCUUAUUAUGCAUUUGUUAUUAUUACUUCAAAUAGACAACAAUAUGUUCAUUCAGUUCAAGAUUUUAAUGAAAUUAUUAAAAUAAUUGAGGAAAUUGGUCCAAAUAAAUUUGGAGCUGUUGUUUCAGAUGGUGCUGCAGCAAUACAACUUGCAAAAAAUUUUGUUGCUAAUAAAUAUCUGCAUAUUAUACCAGUUCGCUGUAUUGCGCAUCACAUUCAGUUAAUAGCAACAGAUAUUAUUAAGAAAACUUCUUUUGGAUCACAAGUUCUUUUAAAAUGCCAAGAAUUUGUUACUUACUUUCAAAAUUCUCAUAUGUCUGGUGCCCAGUUAAGAAAUGAAAUUACUGAUUUACUUAUUAAAGAUGGAGGUUUAAAAUUAUUCGUUAAAACUAGAUGGUGUUCUGCGUGGGAUUGUUGUAACUUAAUUUUGAGAUUAAAACCUGUUUUACGAAAUAUAAGCAUUAAAAAAUUAAGAAAUUAUAUUACAAGUCGUGAGUUUUGGGCUAAUGUUGAAUGUCUUUAUAAAAUUCUUGAACCUACUAAAAUUGCUGUUAAAACUGUUGAAUCAUCAAAUGUUAAGUUUGCAGAUGUGUUUUUAAUUUUAGUUAAAAUGGCUUUCGCAAUUAAAGCUAUGCCAACUAUGGAAACAACAAUUGAAAGACUUGAAUUUAGGAAAAAUUGUUUGACUUUAGAAAUGUUUGAAAGAAUUUUUCGAAAAGCUUUAAUUAUCUGGAAGUCACAAGGUAGAGGAGACAAUAACUAUAUUGAACUUCCAGAAACCUGGUGGGCCACGAUUAAACUACCAAACCACCAUCUUCAAAAACUUGCUUUAUUACUUCUCACAAUUACUCCUCAUAGUGUAGGGUAUGAGCGUGUUUUUUCAGUAUUGAAUUGGUUUACUCAAAAACGUCAAAAUAGAUUGACCGUAAAAAAAGUUUCAAAUAUGGCCAAAUUACAUGCAUAUUAUGUCACAAAUGCAUGCCAUGAACUUAAUUAUGUUGGACAAAAUCUUCUAGAAAAUGAUUUUUUAAAAAUGAUGCAGAAUUACACUCAUUCGCUUACUUCAGAUUUUGCCAUGUUUGAAGAAGAUAUUCAACUAUAUGAUUCCAAUGAUGAUUUUGAGGAUAAUUAUGAAGAUUCUACUAAUGAUGACUUAUCCGAAGUUGACUUAUCCGAAGUUGAUUCUAAUAUGUUAAAUAUUGAAAAUAGUAUUAAUUUGGCUUAUGCUUUGAAUAAUACAAAUCAACCUACUAUUCUAGAUGAAAUUAUUGAUCAUGGUGAAACUGAUUUUGAUAUUGACGCACUCACUAGUCAAGGAAUGCAAAUGCGAAAUGCAUUAGUAGACAAAGAAAGUGAAGAUUUUAGUAAUGGUAGGGUUAAUUAA